UGAGGGGCCAUCAUCCCGGCGGCUCGGAGGUGGAAAAUACAGUCAAAAGUCGCCCUGGAUGCAUUUUAAAUGAACAAACAGGCUUUCCGGAGAGGUACCCGAGUGACCGUUCGUCCUUUCCUCUACUCGUUGGGUUUCUUCAGAUGUACGCCUCUCCACUCCCUAUGCUGCUGUGUGCUCUCCAUCUGAUAUAAGACUCCUCAAGACUGAUGCCUUAGUUCUGGCUUGACAUUAAUUAAAAAAUACAUACAUAUAUUCUUUGUCUAUAGUUUUUUUUUUUAAUUUCCAGUAGGAAUUCAUACAACAACCCAUCGCCCACACCACCCUCCUUUCCCUCUCCCCUUUUCACUUUACAGCAGAUUACAAGGGGCAUCAAAACACACACAGGGCACACGAACACACACACACAUACAUACGCAGGCCACCAUGUCCUCCAUCCUUCCCUUCACUCCCCCGGUGGUAAAACGCCUCCUGGGGUGGAAGAAGAGUCCAGCCGGGAGUGGAGGAGCAGGGGGAGGAAUUGGAGGAGUAGGGGAGCAGAACGGAGGGGGGCAGGAGGAGAAAUGGUGUGAAAAGGCUGUGAAGAGCUUGGUGAAGAAGCUGAAGAAGACUGGGCAGCUGGAUGAGCUGGAGAAAGCCAUCAGCACGCAGAACAGCAACACAAAAUGUGUCACCAUACCCAGUAAUUGCUCAGAUCUAUGGGGUCUAGGCUCAGGCCACACGAUAGAGCAGUGGGACUCUUCAGGCAUGUACGGAUACCCUGACCAGAGCAGGUCACUGGACGGGCGUCUCCAGGUGUCCCAUCGUAAGGGCCUGCCCCACGUCAUCUACUGCCGCCUUUGGAGAUGGCCCGACCUUCACAGCCACCAUGAACUGAGAGCCAUUGAUGCCUGCCAGUAUGCCUUCAACCUCAAAAAGGAUGAAGUGUGUGUCAAUCCCUACCAUUACCAGAGAGUGGAGACGCCUGUGCUGCCUCCGGUGUUGGUGCCACGCCACACAGAGAUUCUGACAGAGCUUCCACCUCUAGACGACUUUACAAACUCCAUCCCUGAAAACACCAACUUCCCAGCUGGCAUAGACCCUCCUAAUAACUAUAUACCAGAGACUCCUCCGCCUGGCUACAUCAGUGAAGAUGGAGAGACCAGCGACCAGCAGAUGAAUCAAAGUAUGGAAACAGGCUCACCAGCAGAAAUGUCUCCAAGCACUCUGUCACCUGUCAGUCAUGGCCUGGACCUUCAGCCGGUCACCUACAGUGAACCAGCUUUCUGGUGCUCGAUAGCUUACUAUGAGCUAAACCAGCGGGUGGGAGAGACGUUCCACGCCUCUCAGCCAUCUCUAACGGUUGAUGGCUUCACCGACCCCUCCAACUCUGAACGCUUCUGUCUAGGGCUUCUCAGCAAUGUCAACAGGAACGCAACUGUUGAAAUGACAAGGAGACAUAUAGGUCGUGGUGUGAGGUUGUAUUACAUCGGAGGAGAGGUGUUCGCAGAGUGCCUCAGCGACAGUGCCAUUUUUGUCCAGAGUCCCAACUGCAACCAGCGAUACGGCUGGCACCCUGCCACAGUCUGCAAGAUCCCACCAGGCUGUAAUCUGAAGAUUUUUAACAACCAGGAGUUUGCUGCACUGCUGGCCCAGUCUGUCAAUCAGGGUUUUGAGGCGGUCUACCAACUUACCAGGAUGUGCACCAUCAGAAUGAGCUUCGUCAAGGGCUGGGGAGCGGAGUACAGACGUCAGACAGUAACCAGCACUCCCUGUUGGAUUGAGCUGCAUCUCAACGGCCCCCUCCAGUGGUUGGAUAAGGUGCUGACCCAGAUGGGUUCACCAUCAGUGCGCUGCUCCAGCAUGUCCUAAACAGGGUUCCACUACUGCCGACACAAAGUCAAACUGACAUUUCAUAAUGUUUGAGCAGUAUGUCCUAUGGGAGACCACCAUGCAGUCUUAAACUGAUGUACUAACAACAUUAUGAAAACAUAACAAAAACAAAGAAAAAAAAAAGGAUUACACAAUGGACCUGGAGGAUGAGGGAAUGACAUCACUGAUGGACAAUAGUGGAAUGUUAACAGUGACGUCAGAGUGGGCCUGAUCACCUCAGGCUCUGUUGGAUCAACAUUGACAUUCCAGUAAUCGUGGACCUACUAAUUGAAAUCACCCUGCAAUAUCAAAAUGACAAGAGCGUGAUGUCACAAUGGACCAGUCUGCAGUCGUGUUUUUUGGUAUUUGAAGCGAGGUGACCCAGAAACACAAAGCAGGACAGAGCUUUGCUGUCCUGUUCAGUGACUCAAGAACAGCUGUUCCGGGGAUUGAGCACGUGACCUUGUCGUUACAGGACGGUCACCCCAACCACUAGACCGCCUCGCCGCUUCACUACCUACCUACCACAGCACAACUUUGAUUCAGCGUCAAGAUUUCUGUUUACACAAGGUUGGCCAACAGUAGUACUGCCACUCCAGGCUCAUGCUCAACCAAAGUCAGCUUCACGCCUGGACAUUCAUUUUUUUCUUGGUUUUGGUGACCAAACUUCCAUUUUUAUCUGAGAUCCACUUUUCCUGCUUUUUCCUAAUCAGUCCUGUGUUAUCGUGAUCACCGGCCUGACUACGCUGGGCCGGCAGUCUUUAGCCCUUAAAGGGGCGACCACUGGGAGGCCAAGUUGAUGUCUAUAAUUAAUAUUAUUUACCCCGUCUUCACACGUUCACUUGUGCACACACAGAUACUGUAACACAAGGCUUUGCUGUUCAUACACCACUCAACUUGCUAUUCUAAUACCUUUGCUUUGACAUAAUGACAAAUCAUUUCUUCUGUGGUGUUUCAUGUUGAUUGGUCCCAUUCAGCCAUGAGCUUGCAGUGGGGCAGACGUUUUUGAGUGUACAUCAGAGCUGAAACAAAUAAGUAUGUCCUUUGUUCUUCUGUAAGGAGUUUUUAUUCUAAAGUGUGAUCAGUGGCUAACCAGCACAAAUAACUGAAAUGAGUAAGGUAAAGGUUUUGUCAGUGCGAGAGCAUAGAACAUGUCACCCCACUGGAACUUCACACAAGUUAUGAGCUUGUUUUCAGACAGUAGCAAAGGCUUAAGGAGUUAGCCCCAGUUAACGGUUUGCCCCUCCUGGUUUUUGAUGGCAAGCAAUUUGCAGUGUCUGUCAUGCAAGCUUUUGCUCUCUCUCUCUCUCUCUCUCUCUCUCUCUCUCUCUCUCUCUCUCUCCUUUAUUCUUGUCCUUAAAUCUUCACAAUGACAUCAUCUUGCUUAUGAAGGAGAGUUGCGUGUUGGACCUGGAGAUAUACAGGAUUAGGACUCUGUGUAAAUGCAGUUCAAGAGUCUAAGCCUCAAUGUCGCCCCCUGCUGUCUCACAGACAAAAAUAUAAACUCCCAUUGCUUUCACUGAUGUAGACAUUGCGCAAGUCUCUUCAUUAUAUGCUUGAACUGAUGCACAGUUUCCCCAUUAUUGACAUUUUAUGAUAGGAAGACGAAGAUAAGAAGUCCCGCAGUGUGGGACUUUAAAAAAAAUGGCUUCUGUACCAUACUUGCACUGCCCCCAAUUAUGCACCCUUCAUAUAGCUACGAGAAAGUUGCCUUUGAUGUAAAAUACAGCAAGAUAUGCUUUGAAAUGUACAGAUAGGAAUGUUGAAAAGCCCAAUAGCAGAAAAAGACAAUUACAAAAAUUAUAACUAAUAUUCACUAUGAAGAUUUGUUGUCCUUAUAUUGUCUUGAAUUGGCGUAUUAAAGAGCCUCCAUUUGACCUGAAUGAGAUUUCUUGCCAGCUGUUACCUACCUAUUAGUAUUUUAGAGUCCAAAUCUUUUCAACUCAAAGUGUUAAAGCUUUAAGUAUUUGACAAGCUAGUUGUAUGACACAGCUAUUAUUUUCUUUACACAUUCUUUUAGCUACCUUUUUGUAUUUCCAUGUAUUUUUUCUAUAUGAAUAUAUUUAAAACUGUCAGAGCUUUCUUCCUUUUUAUUAGAAUUCAGUAUUUUUUUAGAAUAUGCCCUCUGUUUGAGAUGAUAACAGCUUGACGAUGAUUCAUGAAGUAUGUAGCAUAGGAUAUAAUAUUUUCACUGGAUUUACCACUGAAAACAGUACUUGGUUCAAAUAAUGUGCUGAAUAACUGACAGGACAAGUCACCAUAAUUACCAUCCGCCUUUCUUCAAACCCUAAUUUGGCUACAAAAAUGGUAAAACAGGCUGGUGAAUCCGUUGUUGCUGUUGAUAAAGGUAGUUCCUGCCUUACUGUUGCUAAUCUUUCAGCUUUAUGGACAUGACCCAAAUAAUGAUAGUCCUGUCCCAAAGAUUGAAUGCACGGAUUUACAGUAUGCCCCGUACACUGCAGAUCUACUGUGUUCUAAACCGAAUCGCUGAUCCAGUUUUCCAUUGUUAGAUUUUAUUGGCUUAAGCGUUAUAUUAAAAUUUUCCAGUGUCUUUUUGGGGUUUGGUAAUUCAAAUUAUUUGUUAAAAAUCAACAUGUUUCUGUUUAAUUUUUUUUUUUCAGUACACGAUGGUCAUUAGAAAAUAAAUCAGUUUAAAUAGCGAGAAUUCUUAAUUUUUGGAGAUGUUAGGAUUAAAACCAGCAGCUAGGCAAUACAGUAUUAUUUUUCAGCAUCAAAGCAGUUGGUAUUCAUUUGAAAUGCUCUGAAUUUGAAAGGUGAAUUUGUUGAAUUGUGUCUUAUAGGACAUUCCAGUCAGCAGUGUAAAAGCUGCUGCCAGUUUCAGCUCUGCAGACGUUUAAUUCUCAUGUCUCCUGAUGUAUGGUUGCACAGUGUUAAUUUAGAGUGAGUGUGUUUACAUGCGCAUGAUAUUCUCUCCAAGUGUAUUCCUCCCAAAUGUUACAGCGAAGCAGAAUGUUACCACAAAAAAUGGGAUUGUAAGUGAGACGUGUAAAUAUGUCAGUUGGACUAGGUGCAUACUUGCCUCACAAUCCUGGCUCAUACUGUCACAUUCCAGAUGGCUUGUUUUCUGCAAACUGACCAAAACCAGACAGUUGUCUUAGAUUUGUGCACAGCAAUGCCGAUGUGCAUGUAAACACAUUCACAUGUUCUGUCUGAUUGCUGACAAUGCAACAUGUGGAGGAUGUGUACAUUUAAAAAAUGCUGUAGAACACCAAACGUAGAUUUAAUGAAUAUUUAGUUAUAUAAUGGCUGAGACAAGAAGUCCAGAAAUCCUGAUGUUUCAUCGUAUAUCGUCAGCAUCCUGCGGAAACUUUAGAAUUCAGGAUUUGCAUUUUGAUACACACUUGAUAGAUGACAUUCUCUCCUACAGGGUGAUGUACUUUUAACGCUUGGACCAAACCAAAAGAUUUUUCAAAAAAAUCAAAGUACAGUGUCCUGCAGUUUUUAUGUUGGUUUGACCCCGACAAAUCUCAAGCUGUACUUUUUUUUAGUAAAACCAUUUUCAUCAUUCAUCGAGCAUUUGCCUGGGUCAAAUGUUUGUAGUACUCAUUUAUAACCAGACUGGAACCAGCCAAAUGCAGGUCUGUCUGUCUGUCUGUCUGUCUGUCUGUCCUGUCUUUUUGCUGGUCUGUCGUUUCUUUCUCAUUUAUUAGGGAAAAAGUUGACUUGCUGAGGCCAGAACACAUGCUAAAAUAUGGUCGGUUGUUGUAUCAUUGCUAUCCCAUUUGUUCUAUACAGUGACAUCAAAUAGUUUGGACCCUAUACUCAAAACAUUUCCCCAUCUUCUGCAUGUUGCCACGGUCCAGCAAAAGCCUUUGUAUCUUCUUUUUUUUUCUUUUUUUAAUGAGUGCCACCCAACACUGUACCCCCAAAACCAACUAGUAUUUCUCACUUCCUGAGAAGUCUGUUUUGGGGAUGUAAGAUGAGACCAAAUUAGGUUUUAUGUAGGCUUAAUCUACACAUUUUGAGGGUCCACAUUCCUAUUUACAGAUUACAUAUUGUUUUUUUGUUUGUUUGUUUGUUUGUUUUCUCAUUGUGAUGACAAUUGUGUAUCCCCAACUAUGCCUCUUUCUGAUUAAUUCCUGAAGAAGGUGGCUUUUUGGAGAAAGUGAAUCUUCUACAUGUCACUUGUGAUGUUAUUGUAUAGUUGUACUUUUAUUUUACCAUACAUGCUGUUCCUUAUUCUUGCUAUCAACAGAGCAUAUUCCAUUAGACAACAAGCUGUUAGGGUUUCUGUCUUCUUCAAACACUGAUGAUGAUCUUCGUAGGCUUUCCAACUAUUCUACAUAUACAGACAACUUCUUACAGUGUACACUAAUAAAGCUGUUUUAAUUCA